AUGCCUCCCUCGGCGCAAACGACCCGAUUAGUUUCCACUCUACGACUCCUCAUCCCACGCCUCCGCCUUCUCCAGAAGAAAGACACCGCAUCCUCCGUCGUCCAACGCCGCGAACUCUCCCAGCUUCUCAGUGAGAACCGCGAGGCCUCCGCCCGCAUCCGAGUCGAAAAUGUGAUCGCGACAGACAUCGCCGUCGAGGUGAUGGAGAUGGUCGAACUAUACUGUGAACUGCUGUUGGCGCGCGCAAAUGUACUGGACCAACUAGCCUUUGGCGAGAAAGGAACGCGCGCGAGACUGCGCGCCAAGGAAUUGCUCAAGAAGCAGACUCUAGCUCAGUCUGGAGAGAAAGCAUCGACGACUGCUGCGCCCGAGUCCUCCGGUUCUCGCUUUGGGUUCUCGUGGUUGGGAGGGUCGCAGAAGAAGGAGGCGAGCACGGUGGCUGCGACUAGUCCUUUGGAGGGUGCUGGGGAGCUUUCGGAGGAAGAAAAUGCAUACAUGGAUACCGCGUUGGAUGAAGCCGCCGUUGCGGUCUUUUAUGCCUGGCAUCGGUUCCCGCAUGAGUUGCGCGAGCUCACUAUGCUUCGCACCAUGCUGGGUGAACGGUAUGGCAAGGAGUUCAUGACCUUGGCGCAGGAUAACAAGGUGGAUACGGUCAAAGUUCCAGAUCGACUUCUCAAGGGACUGAGAGUGCGUCCGCCGACACAAGAAUUGGUUGAAAGCUAUCUGCGAGAGAUUGCAAAGGCGUACGGUGUCGACUGGCCUGACGGAGAGGAUCUGGACAUCCAAGAAGAGCUUGGUGAUGCACCGCCAGAGUUUGUUGAUGAUACUCAGGAUGGAGAUCAGGGCGGUGAUUUACCUCAGACUCCAAGGAAGCAAAAUGCAGACCCUGCAUCAGGACCGAACCUCUCAGAGGCAAGACGGGCCUCGGAGACGAGCGAGCUGAAUAAAGCGACUCCCCCACGCGGCCCUGCUGCACUGCAAGGACGCAGCCCAGUCAGUGUUGCACCGCCAGCACCAAGGACUGAUAACCCGAACCCUCGGGUCAAGGUGCCGGGUUCUGAGGAAGAUGGAGGGGGUGCUGCUAAGAAAGGUGGCAAGACCAACAACAGUGGAAUCCCCGAGCUGGAUGAGUUGACGCGAAGAUUUGCGGAUCUGAAGAGGAAACCUUGA